GUAGGUUUCUUGCAGUCUGCGAGGAUGUGCUGAUUCUGAUCGGGCUUGUUUUAAAGCCGCCCAGCAGCGAACAUAUCGCUCCACAGAAGGAGCUGAAGCUGAGUUUUGUUUUCGUCCUCUACUUCCAUCUCUCAGAACCUUUUUCAAAACCCAGAAUGUCCUGGUCGAGAGGGAUGUAGCACCCGUUUUACCUGAGACUGUGGAUACCUUUUCUUUGCACCGCACCAAGCUCCUUUAUCUGCGACGUGUUUUCAUUUUUAAUUAAAUUUUUUGGAGAAAAUAGGAGGACUCGUGCUUGUGUGUAAAAUUCAGAAUAGAGACGGUUAUGUAGGGAGAGUUAUUAUUGUUUACAUAUUUUAAUUGUAUUUUCCAUCAAUGCAGAGGCAGUAGAAGAAGUAUUAGCAAAGGGAUUCUCCCAACCUCCCCAUCUACAUCUUAUUGCUCUUUGGUUUUUGUUUCGCUGGUGUUCUUGGAUUAGUAGAAGAUGGGACUCCCCGCUCUGGAGUUCAGUGACUGCUACCUGGACAGUCCACAGUUCAGGGAGAGGCUCAAGUCUCACGAACUGGAGCUGGAUAAAACCAACAAGUUCAUCAAGGAGCUGAUUAAAGACGGCAAGGCGCUGAUCCAGGCUCUGAAAUGUUUGUCAACGGCAAAGAGGAAGUUUGCUGACUCUCUCAACGACUUCAAAUUCCAAUGUAUUGGAGAUGCUGAGACAGAUGACGAGAUAUGCAUAGCCAAAGCACUUCAGGAGUUUGCAGCUGUGCUACAGAACCUGGAGGAUGAGAGGACGAGGAUGAUCGAAAACGCCAAUGAUGUGUUGAUUAUUCCGCUGGAGAGGUUCAGGAAAGAGCAGAUCAGCGCAGCCAAGGAAGCCAAAAAGAAAUAUGACAAAGAGACAGAGAAAUAUUGUGCAGUGCUGGAGAAGCAUCUGAGCCUUUCAGCAAAGAAAAAAGAGUCCCAUCUACAUGAAGCGGACAACCAGGUGGACAACGUGAGGCAGCAUUUCUACGAGGUUUCUCUGGAGUACGUCUUCAAGGUGCAGGAAGUUCAAGAGAGGAAGAUGUUUGACUUUGUGGAGCCCCUGUUAGCAUUUCUUCAAGGCCUGUUCACCUACUAUCACCAUGGCUAUGAGCUGGCAAAGGACUUUAACCAUUUCAAGACUGAUCUCACUAUCAGCAUACAGAAUACGAGGAACCGUUUUGAAAGCACCCGAUCGGAGGUGGAGAGCCUGAUGAAGAAGAUGAAGGAGAAUCCACAUGAACACAAGAGUGUCAGUCAGCACACCAUGGAGGGCUACCUGUUUGUACUGGAGAAGCGCUCCUUUGUUUCUACUUGGGUUAAGUACUACUGCACAUACCACCGUGAGCCCAAGAAGUUCGCUAUGGUCGUAUUUGACCCCAAAUCCGGGGGCAAAAUGGGUGAGGAGGAGAGCUUCAUCCUGAAGUCGUGCACCAGGAGGAAGACAGAAUCAAUAGAAAAGAGGUUCUGUUUUGAUGUCGAGGCCGUGGACAGGCAAGGCAUAAUCACCAUGCAGGCUCUGUCAGAGGAGGAUCGCAGGUUGUGGAUGGAGGCUAUGGACGGUAGAGAACCGGUGUACAAUCUCAACAAAGACAACCAAACCGAAGGCAUGGCCCAGCUGGAUGUCACUGGGUUCAACGUCAUGAAAAAAUUCAUCUACGCUGUGGAAACUCGAGGUAUUGAUGAGCAGGGCUUGUACAGAAUCGUUGGUGUAAACUCCAAAGUACAAAAGCUACUGAGCCUGGCUAUGGAUCCUAAGACGUGUGCUGACGUGGAGCUGGACAACCCAGAGUGGGAGAUUAAAACAAUAACAAGUGCCAUCAAGCAUUAUCUCAGGGUGCUGCCUGCACCUCUUAUGACGUACCAGUACCAGAGAAGUUUCAUCAAAGCUGCCAAGAUGGACAACCCAGAGGCCAGAGUGACAGAGAUCCAUGCUCUCGUCCACCGAUUACCUGAGAAGAACAGACAGAUGUUGGAGCUCCUGAUGAAACAUCUGGCCAACGUGGCCAGUCACCACCAACAUAACCUGAUGACUGUCGCCAAUCUGGGUGUGGUCUUUGGGCCAACUCUGCUCCGCCCACAGGAGGAGACGGUCGCAGCCAUCAUGGACAUCAAGUUCCAAAACAUUGUAGUGGAAAUCCUCAUAGAGCACCAUGAGAAGAUAUUCACGAACGUGCCGAAUUCCACAGGCCAUUCAACCAACAUGCAGCUCGACCAGCUGAGGAGGAGAAGCACUGAAGGCAAAGCGCCAUCCUGCAACGAGAGGCCUCUCACACUCUUCCACACACCAACACAUUCUCAGAAAGGUGAACAGAGGAACAGUGUUGGCAGCACCCCAGCUGCUGACCUCCACCCACUGUCUUCCUCUGCAAACUGUAACAGCAGCAGCAGCAGCAGCAGUAGCAGCACCGGCAGCCACAGUCGAACCCCUAGACACAGCCUGACCAGCAUCGAUGGAGAGCAGGAUGGCCGGCAAAUCCGACCCAGCUUGCUACUGAACCCAAAAAGUCGUGGCAGCAUACCAACAAGUGCAAUAUCUCCCAGCCCCACCUCACCACGUUCUCCGUCCUGGCCAAUGUUCUCUGCACCUUCAAGUCCACAGCCAAUCUCCUCUGCUUCCAGUGACUCUUCCCCAGUCAGCAUGACAGGCAGGAAGGCUCGAGCGCUGUACGCUUGCAAGGCAGAGCACGACUCUGAGCUGUCCUUCAUCGCCGGGACCGUCUUUGAGAACGUUCAUGCUUCCAGGGAGCCCGGCUGGCUGGAGGGGACUCUAGAUGGCCGAACAGGACUGAUUCCAGAAAACUACGUGGAGCUCCUAUAGCUGGACCAAGAAAAAUAUUGUAGACCAAGCUGAACUUGACUGCAUAAAACUCCCCUGUUAUCAUAUGAUCGACAGGACCAGGUUUUAUUGGCUUUUUUGUUGACUCCAUUGGGUAAAAGAAACUGGACCAAGCAGAACCAAAGGGAUGUAACACAGGACUGAAGCAGUGUGGACUUGCACUGGGAAGAAAGAGAGAAAAAAUGAAAAUGCUGUUGUUGGAUUGUUGUGACUGAAGUUCAUGUUGAAGAAGAUGUAAAUGUUCAUGUGUCCGCAAUGUAGAUAACUUGACAGUUUAAAAAAUUACUCUUAUAAGGGAGCUGAUAUUGUUGAGGUGAGAGUUACGAUUCAUUUUUUUAAACGUCUGAUUUGUUAUUUUGAUCUGGACUGCCAGUUCAUCAUUCCCUGUUUUCAUUAGGUAGAUACAGCGUUAUUGACAGGGAACAAGAUAAAUAGUAAGUGGCCUUCAGCUUUUAACUGCUAGUUCACCUAUCCAUUGUUUGAUCGCUAAUCCCCUUGGGAAAUUUGAACCACGGAAGCAGACUGAAAUGAUUGGGCUUGGCUGUAAACGUGUUUGCAAUCACUCGUAGAGUAAUUCCAGGGGAAGAGACUCUGCCUGGCUGAUGUUUCGGAGUUAAACCGCCGGAGCCCAGAUCAGCAAGACAGAUGAGUGUGUUUCAAACAGUUCGGGUCAGCUUCGGCAUCAAGCUCAUUUAUAACCCUUCUCCAUUGCAGAGCCAUCAGUAGAAAAAAAGAAAUGGGAAAAAUCUUAACCAGGAUCCACAGGCAGCUCAGCAGUUUACAGUGAGGCAUAGGAGUAGCAACUGAUUGCUGCUAGUUAAAACAUGCUCAGCUGCAAGUGGAGAGAUAUGAGUCAUGUUUGCACUAUGUUGGUCCAUUAUUUGAAUUCAACUCAACCAGGAAGCUUUUUCUCUUUUUUUUUACACCACAAAGCACCUCUAUUUUUUUCCAUCUUAUUUUUCCACAACUUAGAUACUGAAGCUUUAAUGUCAGCAGCACAGAGAAAACAUAACAUCAUCCCCCCAACAUUGAUCUAAUUAUGAGGAAUUAUGAAGACAAUGCUAAAGCCUAAUGAUGUGAGACAGAUGGACAUUUUGAUUUUAUGGUUAAUGAAAAGUUUUUGUUUUCUGGGCUUUAGUGACUGCUCUUGUUUUCCUAUUUUAUCUGUCAUUAUCAGCAGGAUUUUUUCUUUAAUGAACUUUUAAAUAGUAAAAAAAAAAUGGGAGACUAAAAAAAAACAAGCUAAUGUGAAAUGAGACUACUUUGUUCAUAUAAAUAAACUUAUUUAUAAUAUUUUCUGAAAGGUAAAAUCCUGGACUUCAUCCUUUUGAGGUGUUUUUAAUGAUCCUGUAAAUAAAAACAAAGCAUUUUGAUGGGGUAUAAUUUUUUUUUCACAAGUAUGAAAUUUUAUAUUUUGUAUUUCUAGCAUACUAACUUAAUUCCUUUAUUGCAAUUUUUUGCCAGGAUUUUCUUACUUUUAAGUCUCUCCACAGCCUUAAAUGUUCCUGCAGAUGUUUUGGUGAAGGAUUGCAAAGAAUUAAAGACACCUCUUGAAUGAC